CUAUGUUUCACUCCCAGUCUCCCAGCACCCACCUCCAGCCCAGCCCACAACCAGACGGACAUGCCAGUGACUGCAUUGGGAGUCGCAACUACAUACUCGUCCUCGUCAGCUGCAUCCCCUCUUGCCAAACACCACUGACUUCAGAACUGUACUCGCAGCCAAUCUCUCCCAACGACACCAGUAUAACACCGGUCGGUCUCGUCGCCCAACAACACCUUAUUGUUUUCCGUCCGAAACUGGACGAGGACCAGACGAAGACUUUCCCCACAAGUUGUUAAAUAGCUCACACACUUCAGCAAAUCAAACUUCGCGUUCCCUCGUACGGUCGGUCAUAGCAUCACGAAUGUUGGUCACCAGCGACGGAGAAGACGACGGUGAUAGCGCACGCAGCUCCCUUAAACCUACCACUACCACCACCACCACCACCACUCCCGUAACUUCACAAAGUUACAAGCGCCAAGUUCGCCUCUCCCGCCAAACCCGUACAACCAUGCCAGGCCGCCAUAUCUUCCUCUUGCUCGUUUUCACCCUUCUCCUAGCACUUAACUACGGGGGGGUGAACGCCAUCUCGAUCUAUGUCGUGCCCGUGGAGUAUGAGCCGGCGGUUAGCGAUAUUACGGCUUGGAGGAUUGAUGGAACUCAGCAGUCGUUUCCCGAUGGCGUCGAUAGGUUGAUUGAUAGUGGGGAUAUCAGUGGCGGGGUUGCGGGCAUCAUGCGCGAUUUUGGAAAUGGUUGCGACCCUAACCCCUCCCUCGCCAACACCAACUACACCUUCAUCGCACUCAUCAACGCCUCCGACGAGACCCCAAAGUCCAACUGCAGUCUCACCCGCAGAAUCCGCAACCUUGAAUCCUCCACGUACCUCCGCGGCUUCUUCGUCCUGCUCCCCGACCCGCCCGUCACGAAGGAGUACAACACCGCGUACCCGAUCCUCACUAUCGACAAUACCAUUUACAACAUGCUCCACUCAACACUACGCCCCGUCGGAGCCAACAGACUUAUGCGAGCCAUGGUCAUCGAAGACCCCCUCAACAAUCGCGUAUGGCGAUACGUCCUCCUCUCCGCCGCCGUCCUCUUUGCAUGCAUCGCGUCGUUCACCAUCACCGUACAUUGCUGGCUCGCGCAUCGGCGGUUGCAGAUGUACAGGGACGUGUUGAGAACUGGAGCGCAUGAAGAAUUGGGUGUUGGGUGGAUGGUGGGUGGGAGGAGGGAUGGGAGGCAUACGCUGCCGCAGGGGGUGGUGGAUACGUUCCCGAUCAAGGUGUUUCAUUCUAAGGGUGGUGGGGCCACUGCGAAAUUUGAUGGUGCGGAGAAGAUGGCUACCAACGAGAAAAUCGUUGAUCCACACGUGACAAAAGUGUCACCGCCUGUUGCACGGAAUGCGGUCGCACCAGCCGCUGAGCCGCCCCUUACUCCCACUCCCGCCACUCCCACUACGGACCCGGAACCACUCCACCCCCUCACGGACGCCGUCGACACCACGGAAUCCCCACCCACCCUCCUUCGCCAACCCUCCCUCGCCUCGACCCGCCGCGCCAAAUCCAUCCGCUCGAUCCGAACCGUCCGCUCCGGCCGGUCGGCGCAUACAGUGGACGGUGGCGUCUCAGCGGACACGUGCGCGAUCUGCCUGGACGAGUAUGAGGAAGGCGUGACGUUGAGAGAGUUGCCGUGCGGGCAUUGUUUCCAUGCUGAGUGUAUUGACCCAUGGCUAACAGAACAAUCCUCCCAAUGCCCCCUCUGCAAAAAAGACGCGACCCCGGAACACGUGCGUCUCGAAUGGGAGAAACGCGCGGCUGGGUUUGGGUUCAAUGCCGGCGAUUUGGAGUUGUUGGAUAUUACUAUGGCUGAGGAGGGGGGUGGUGUUGCGAAUGCCCGAGAGGAUGCACAGGUUGUUUCUUCAUCUACGCCUGAUACGGCGCAACAGAGUGAAACGGGGACACAGACAGCGACAUCAAGACGACCACCCAGCACAACAGUGAUGCCACCGUGGCAACGACGAUCGGCAAACGUGCGUGUGUCGAGGGGACCGGCGGCGUUGUUUAUUUCGCCGUUGCUGGCGGAGAGGUUUGCGGGUGGGGCUGUUUCACCCGCGACUGCUGUGUCUCUGGGUGUGGAGAGAAGCGGGGGUGAGGGUGCAGAGGGUGGGGCGGAGACCGCUGCCGCUCCAGCGGAGGUGAUCGACACCACAACCAGCGGAACAACGGACACAGCAAGGCAGGACGCCAUUCAGCACGCGUAGAUGUUUCGCUUCGUCUAUAGCACCGCAGCAGCACACCGCUCUCGUUAUCGUCUUGCACAUUUCAGUUUUUGGUCCCCUCCUCCCCUUGCCUCGCGCCUCCUCCCACACCCGCGUAUGCCACAUUUCACUCCCAUAGACUCCCCAGACGGCGUGCCCACCUCCCCCCGUCUUCCCUCGCAGCGACCCCCUUUUGUUUCUUAGGUACUCUCUUGAUCGUUUGUUUCUCUGGUUUCGCUUCUGCUGUGCGCUGGCGUGCGAUUGGGCGAAGAGGGGAAUGGGGGUGUUGUAAAUUUGUAUGUUUUGUAUGGUCUGUAAAUAGGAUUUCUGGUCAUCGGUGGUAUUGAUCGAAG